AACACUCAGGAUGAAAACCGAAGCAUCACCCAACAGUGUCUUUGUUUGUCAAUAUUACACUCUCCAUCUAAAAAUAUAUGAUCCAUGUAUUUACUGCAAUAAGAAAAUAGAAUUUACAUAAAGCAGGAAGACUCUAUGUGCGACUAGAUAGAACCAGUUUUUCAGGCAAUGCUCAACGUGGAAAGUGUAACAUUUGCAUAGAGCCAUAACAGAUACAGAGAGACCGGGCAGUACCGAGCGACUCAGCAGCGGGGACGCGCUUCUUGUGUGCUGUUCAUUUGUGAUUAUGCGUUUUGUUAUGUCUUAUGAUAAUUUAUAAUAUAUUGUGUUAUUAAUAUAAAUAAGUUAUAAAAUUUAAUAAAAAAAUGAAAUUAUUAGUAAUUUGUUUAAUGAUUAUCGCAAAUAUUAUCAAUAAUGGAAAAGCGUCGCUUGAGACUUUUAAAGUGAUGAGUGAUAACUGGCUGCUUGAAGAUAAUACAAAAAGUCCAGUUUCAUGUUAUAGACCUUGCAAAUUUAACGUUGAACCAAGAUUUUGCCGAUAUACCUUUGAGAUAGAACCUACUAUGACUGAAAAUGGAAAAACAGCUAUUACUAUUAAUGGGAAAACACCAGGACCUCCGAUAAACGUUUGCGUCAAUGAUUUUGUGGUUGUAAAAGUGAAGAAUAAGAUUCCUGAUCAGGAUAUUGCUAUACAUUGGCACGGCGUGGAGCAGGUAGCUCCCCACAUGGAUGGUGUCCCAAUGAUCACUCAGUGCCCUAUAUCCUAUGGAUCAACAUACACCUACAUCUUUAAUGCCAUAUCGCCUGGAACUUUCUUCUAUCACGCUGACUCUGUAUCUCAUCACAGCGAUGGAGUGUACGGUUCAUUUGUGGUGAAUCAACCUCAGCCUCUAGACCACCAUUCCGCACUGUAUGAUUAUGACAGAAGUCCUGAGUACACUUUGCUGGUUGGUGCAAGAUUCCCCAUGUUGUUUACUGCUAAUCUUGAGGAUAUGAGCCAGAUGGCUCCAGAUGCACUUGUAAUAAAUGGAGAUGAAGACAGCUACAAGUUAUUUGUUAUGCAAGGUUACGCUUAUAGACUCAGGUUGAUCAAUGCAAUUGCUAUAGAAUGUCCCGUGGUUGCAAGUAUAGAAGGGCAUGAAAUGACGGUUAUCGCAACAGAUGGGAAAGCGGUAAAACCGGUGUCCACGAGGAGCGUGCAACUUUACCCAGGUGAACGGAUGGAUGUCGUAGUUCGCGCGUCUCAGGAGAAUGGCGGAUAUUGGUUGAAAGUUCACGGAAUUGAGGUUUGCGCUGGUCUGACUACCGAUGCGAUGUUAAUAUAUUCCGGUUUUAACUACACGUCGAUGUUACAAAAUAAACGGACUAAUUUAAUAAACACUGAAACUGAUAAGGAACUUGGGCCGCCAGUAUAUGGACAAAUGCUGGAAUCCAAACAAAAUGUGGCUCAGAGUACACCUUCCAAAACUGUAUAUUUAAGUAUCGACAGAAAGGCGGUUAAACAUGAGGACAAUGAAAAUGAUUUUCGUUAUAUCAGCGAAGCUUUACCAAAUAAGCCGUUCUUCCCUGCAGCGUUAUCAUUACAGGACAGCGUUGUACAGAUAAACGGUAAAAGUUUCCUCUAUCCAGCUAUUCCUGCCAUUUUGAGUCCUAGGUAUGUCAAAUUGAAUUAUGUUUGUCCUGUUGGUGAAGAGGACAAGUCACGGGAUCCUCAAUGUGUUCAGAUUCUGACGUCUCACGAGGGUGCCGUGGUUGAACUAGUUUUGUUGAACGAAGGUUUUGGCAGUAACGACUCCUAUACAUUCCAUUUACAUGGGUUCACCAUGCAAGUGGUUGCUACGUGGCAGAGUCUCGAUAAAAAACCGAUAUCUUUAGAGGAAUUUAAGAGGCUCGAUAAAGAGAAGAAAGUUAUCAGGAACUUGAUAAAUCCGCCUGUUAAAGACACAGUGACUGUACCAAACAAAGGUUAUACAGUGGUGCGGAUGAGGACCGACCUUGGAGGUAGCUGGAUGCUGGAGUGUCGAGCGUGCAGUUUAUCAUCUUUACCAACAGCAAUACUUCUAAGCGUACCUCGAUCAUUACCUUUGCCAGAACAAAUUAUCAAGGCGUUAUCACUGUGCGGCAAUUAUAAACCUCCUGAUGUGCUACUAAAUUAACGUUUUAGUUAAUUAUAGACUGAUUACAAAUUAAUUGUAAGAUUCUUUUUUAUGAUAAUUUUAUAUUUUUUUUAUGAUGGUGCAAUUGCAUAGAAGUAUACAUCUACCGAAUGGUAGAUGGAAUUUAAUUGUGAUUCAUAAUUUUAAAAGAUCAGUUAAAUAAUACAAUAAAAGGCAAUAACUUCUAAGAAAUAACUAAUAGAAUAAAGAUAUACUUUGAAUAUUUAAAACAACUUUUAAAAGAAUACUUUAGUUUAAUAUUCACAUGUUUUUGUAUUGUUGUAUAAAACUUUUACAUUAUGUUAGGAUGUUUGUUUCUGAAUUGCAGUUUUAUGGAUUGAAGACGAAUUGUAAUCCAAAGUUUUAAAAUAUUUGCAUAGGGGGCAUUACACUGUAUGUAGUAUGUGUGUGUUUCAUGUAAAAAUUCUCUUCAAUUGAAAAACUUUACAUUUAUCCGAGUCUAACAGGUAAAGUCGAAGUCGUCAUAUGUCAUUUUAUAUAUUUUAGUCGUUUUAUGUCAUACAUACCAGUAAAACUGAGAAUCUACAUAAAAUAUAUUAGCACAGAAAUUUCGUGAAUCAAAAAUUCACAAACUACAAAAAAUUUGAGGUUCUUACUAAAUUUACACGGUAUUAGCAUGGAAAGCUCAAUAUUUGCUGUCGUUUACCGAUUCAUGUCGCGAGUACUUUGGGAAAAAAUUCAAUUUUUUUGUUUUUUUUUUAUUUCUGGAGGUUAAUAAUUUCGAUUUCAAUCUAUAGGGUAAGGAAAGGUAUAUUGGUGAUAUAAGUUAUUUGGUGAUAGUUUUUAGAAAGAAUACCACUCGUGUACCUGUACAAGCACAUUCAAGAGGCAGCGCUAGCAAGUUGUUACGAGAGUGAGAAAGAUAUAUAUAUAUUAACCGCUUCGAUACACGAUUCCUGCGUUUAGUAAACAAACUUUUAUGUUGAUUGUGCAUCAGUGGCGCCAUUAUUUACUGAGUUUGCGCUACGUUAUGUAUUUCGUUAAAAUUAACUGAAAUAAAUUAGUGAAUCAGUGUAAAAACUUACUAAAAUCUCUAAAUAAACUAAUGAUUAUUGAAAAAAAACUGUAGUGAAGUCGUGACACAGUUAAGGUGAGUUUUUAUUUCUUAAGUUGUGGCCGUUGUUUCUUAGUGUUUUUGCCAAAGUUUUGGAUACAUUUUUGAGAGGUUAACUUGAGAUGUAUUUUGUGUUUAUAUUAAAAAUAAACUAGGGAAGUCUAAUAUAGAGUUCGAAAGGUAUUAUUUUGAGGAAUUUGUGAAUGUGUUUUAUUUUGAGUUGGAGUAUAUUUUUUUUUAUCACCAAAUUACCUAUACAUAAUUUUUUAAUAUCACUAAAUAACCUAUUUUUGUUAUAUCUCUAGAUUGGCAAUGGAAAAAGAGAGUAAAUAUAGAAAAUAUAAUCAGCAGCAACUUCAAAAAGCCAUUAGUUUAGUAAGAAAUGAAGGUAAAACCAUAUAUAAAGCUUCCAAAGAAGCAGACGUCCCAUGGAGCACCUUAAAGCGAUACCUAGAGAAUCAAGAGGAGAUUACUAAAAGGAAUAUGGAAAGUACUUUUUAAAAAAAACGGGGAUAUGUCCUUUAAACAGAAAUGCUAUUUCAAAGGAAGCAUUACGACCUUCAGCUUUAACUAACAUAGCUCUUGCAGCAUCUGAAAGUUUUUCUUUAAAUACUAAACCUAAAGUAGAUCUAAUUUUAAAAACACGCAAAGCUUCAAAACGCCUAGAAAAGUCAAGAAAAAGAGAUUCUAGCGCGAAAUGUUUAACACCAACAAUUGCUAAUGCAAAUAAAGAUUCGAUGCAAGAAAACGUUCAGUCUCAGCCCUCAACGUCGGGCAAAUCUGCUCAAAAAGCAAAAAAAAGUAAAAUUCAAGAAAUAGAAAAUGAUUGGGAGUGUGGAUUAUGUGAGGUCUUGUACUUAGCUGAUGUAAAAAAAAAGAAAUGGAGCCAAAUGGAUCCAGUGUUCGUACUGCCUCAUGCCAUACUACGAGAUCUGGGCAUCCAUCGAAGAUACUGAUCCCGAAGAACAGCUGUAUUAUAGGUGUGAUAGUUGCAUGGAAUAAUAUUUAUUAAUGUACCAAAUACUUUAUAUUUUAAGUUCAAAAUAUCUGAUUAUAAGAGAUUUUCAUACUAUCACCAAAUUUCCUACCCAGUAUCACCAAUCUACCGAACUGUAUCGCCAACUUACCUUCGGCUUCUUGUGUACUAAAUUGAGAUUUAUUCUUAAAGUUAUUAGAUUUUUGUUACUAAAACUAUUCUUAAUAUUUACUUCAAAUAAUAGAUGAUGUAGUAAAACAAAAGUGACUUUUUGCUUAGUUUCAAAAUUCUUAUAAAAUUAGUUUUUUUCAUUUUUAUCACCAAUAUACCUUUC